CUCAAGGAUUGAAGUGUCUCAAAGAGAAGGCCCUCAGUGAUCACAAGAUAACUAGGAAUGCACAAAAAUUCCUGGUGACAAUCAUAUUCUGAGAAUAAAUAAAAAUAACCUAAAACAACAAUGACAACAAUAUAUGCUUCAGGUGGAGGAAGUCUAGUAAUAAAUGUCAGACGGUCAGAAUCUCAAGAUGCACAUCAGAUUAUGAAACUGUUCACCCCCAGUACAACAGCCAUGUUUGGAAGAAUUAAUAUCAUCUAUUUACUCGAAAAGGCAAAUCUUUCUUUGACAGUGGAAAAUGAGAAGAAAGAGGUUUUAGCUCAUGCUGCUUUUUUCGAUUAUCCAAAUAUUGAGGCUGUUGAAAAAGACAACUGGGAACCCUGGCUACAUACGUAUGGACCUAGUUCAAAAUGCACACCUCUGAACACCCUUUUUUUACAUUUGCUUGUGGCAAAAUCAAGAGUUGCAGGUGGUUGUGCUAAAGAGAUUGUCAGGACUGUCUUCAAUGCCCUCCGAGAACUGCACUAUAUAAUCCUUGCUGUGCCAAAAAAAGUCGCCUUAGAUCCUGCAGUGUCUGUCUUGUUUGCACCUAUGCCACAAUUUAAGAAGGUGGAUGGUGUACACUAUUCGGCUUUCAUCUGCUACAGAAAGGACUAUGUUCCAGUACUACAUAUUCGAAAGGCCAGGAUAGAGGAUCAUGAUGAUGUCACACCUAUCUUCAAUGAGCAGACUGAUACACUGAGAUACAUUUAUGGUGAAUACUUCCUGGCAGAACUAAUAGAAGCUCAAGAUGAAACGACCCGAGCUGCUGUCUGUGAGGUAAAUAACAGUGCAGUGGGGUUCAUUAGCGUGUGCAGUGAAGUGAAUGUCAAGCUACUGAAUGAAUGCUUUGAUUUACGUCCAUUUCAUGGUCUUCGUAAAACUCCUGAAGAGGAAGCAUCUUUAAAACUAACAGUAACAACUUCAGAAACAGAAAACAAAAGCGCUUCAACUGGAGUUUCUGAAGAUAAUACAGACGAAAAGGGAGAAGUGUCAGACAGUGUUGAAAAUGCCAAAUUGCCAGAUGGUGAUGUUGAAGACCAAACAACCAAAGAAGCAGAGAGCAGCAAAGAGAUCGCUUCCAGUCCAAAUGACAGCCAUUCUUCAAAUGCUUUUUGUGUUGUGUUGUUCUGUAUUGAUGAGACAUAUGAAACAAGGUCUCAGGAUUUUUUGCCCUACAUUUUUAAUCUUUUUCCGGACAGAGACUACUGUGUCAUCACAGUACCUCAUCUCAUCCCAGAGUUUCCUUUGCUGAAGGAUUUUGUCCGUGUUGUACCCUACAGCAAGACUACAUUGUCUCAUGAACUAUACGUCACUCAUCGCAAAGGCUUGUUAAAAUCCUUCAUGGUACGACUUGCAACACAAAAUGACACUGCAGGAAUUCAAAGACUUGUAAAAAACCUUGAUCUGGAGUUCAAUGUUUUAAGUAUCUUACAUAUUUAUAACCAAUCUCGCAGAGACCCAGAUGGAACUCCAAUUCAGGCAAUUGUUGCUGAGGUUCUACAAGAAAUUGUGGGAAUUGCUAUCAUCAGGAAUGAAGAGCAAAUUGAAUAUAUCCGUUCGCAUUAUAACAUCGAAAACUUUAUCUACUUUGACCAUCACCAACGUGAAGAACAUGGGCACCUCUAUCACUUUGCUUUGAACCCAAUUUUCCAUCAUUAUACCAGACAUUUUCUCAAAGAAAUACUUCGGAUUACUUUUAAGUCUUGCCUAUACUACCCUGUUUAUCCAAGAUUAUUACUUAAAAAGGUAAACAGUCCAUAUGCUCAUUCCCUCACAUCUGCCCUUAAUUAUCUAAUUCCCGUGCGCCGGAGACGGCAGGUUGUCUAUCCAUUGGACCAGCUUGCCAUUAAUGCUCCAUCAAAGCGAAUCACUCAGAAAAAGUUUCUGGUCAGUGGUUACCCCCAAAAUAUUGAUAAUGGUGGAUUCAGUAAUUAUAGGCGAUUUAAUAUUGAGAGGUACAACUAUAAUAAUGAUGAUCACGCACAGAUAUCAUUGCAGACUUGGGUUAAUGUGGUGACUGGCAAGAUGAUUGGUAUAAACAGAGCUUCAAAAUAUGUACUAGUAACAGGAGACACAAAGGUGCCGUAUGAGCAUCUAAUCCUGUGUACUGGACUACAGUAUCAGGUUCCUUGUCCCACAGGAGUGGAUAUCAAAGACGUGCUGUCAAAUAAGGAUGUGGCUGUUGACCCUGACCAGCAAUUUACAGGAAAAGUACCCUCCAAUCUUUUUGUUCUUAAUAGUCAUGAUGACUGUGAAAAUGCACUACAUUGGCUCAAAAAGCAUGAAGGAAAUGUUAAAGGAAAUAUCAUUGUAUAUGGGAGCACAAUGGACGCUUACAUCACAGUGAAUACCAUCCUGUCUUUUCGAAUCGAUGGCUCUUUCGUACAUCUGGUGAAAACGCCUUCAAAUUUAGGCAGCAGUUGUUUUAACAGUCCCGUGAUAGAAAGUGCAGUAGAGGAAGCACUCAAGAAAGCUAACGUUUCUGUGUAUUCUAACUGUCUGCUUGCUCAGUGUAAUAAUGGGAAGCUCCAUCAACGUAUAACCCUCGCAACUUUUACCACUGAUUCUCAACCAUUGAGUCUGAAAUGUGUAGCUUUCUUCAACUUUGACAAGAAGAAGGUGGAUGUUGAUGCUUUCAGAGCCAUCAAUAAGGCAUGCCUUGUCUUUGAUGGAAAAUUGGUAAUUGACUCUACCUUCCAUACCAAUGAUAUAACAAUUAGAGCUGCUGGAUCAUUAACUAAAUAUUCCCGUCGUUACUUUGCUGACCAAUGGUCUCAUGCAAAUUUUAAUUCGAAAGAGAUUGGAUUUCAGCUGGCUGCACUCAUGCUGCAUCUGUUUGACCCAACUCUGGAGCAAGUGACUAAACCACCAGCGGAAUUAGAUAAACUUCUCCCUACUUAUACUGGAUGUAAAGCCAUAGGAGGCAUACUACCUGGAGGAUACCAUUACCUACAUAUUUCUAAGCCAGGGAUCAUAUCCUGUGUAGAUUCGCAAAAGUCACGACCUGAAUAUGGUCGUGAACUAAUCACAGGAAGCAUCGAUAAAGGGAACUACUUUGAAAUUCACUUGAACCAAUACAGCAUGGUAGAAUCCAUCACUUGUCUAUCACUGAAAUCUUUGCCGGUCUCCAACUAUAUCUGCUUAUAUGGACAGCAUGAGCGUCUCCUUAACAAUUUAUGUUCUCGCUUUGACGAAGGCCUCAUCUCAGAUUUUUACAGCUAUCUAAGGGAGCCUUGGUGCAUGUGUAUAUAUCAUGAUCGUUUCAUGGACUUCAAACAAGAAGUGCGGCAGUUAAUAGAAUCCAACAAGGUAAAUGUCGACGAGCCUAUUGAAGAGCUGAUUCGUCGGAUAGCGGAUGGAGAGUUGCUGGUGCCGGGAAAUACGAAGGCAUAUUUGGAGGAGCAGUUUGCGAAGAACGGUUACCAGAAGUUGGUAGAAAAAACCCUCCUAAAUUACCUGAGCUACAAUCGUUACCACCUCCCAAUGUUUGCAAGGCCUGGUAUUGUUUAAAUAUCGACAGUGGUAAUGGUGGGGGGUGAGGGGGUGAUAUUGCACUCAAAUUACUUUGUCUUAAUGUCUGUUCAAUCCUGAAAACUUUGCUGAUGUUUAAUAGUGUCCAAUUUAUUGGAGUCACGCUGUUGAUCCACUUAGCCAGAAGAUGGCGCACUAUAACAGGCUGACGGAGGGGAAGUGAAAGUUCUCUCUGACAAGAUUUCGUUUCCUUUUAAAAUGUUUUACUCGAGUGUAGCUUUUCUAAAACGUGUACAAUAAAUAA